AUGGCUGAAGACAUGAACGGCCAUGACGCCGACUACUUCGCCAUGGGCCAGCGCUCCCGCCCAGAGUCUCCCAGCUCCAUACGCAGCGACCCCAUGUCCAUGCACUUGACGUCGCCGUCGCCCACGGCCGUGUCGCUCACGGCCCUGCAGUACUUGCCCGUGCCCAUCCUCGUCUUGUCGCCCCAAAAGACGGUGCUGCUCGCCAACGAAGCCAUGGGCCGCUUGUUUGGGAUUGACUUGGAAAGUAUUGAUGGUUUGUCCGUGUCCGAGGUGCUGCAGGAAAAGACCAUGGGGGAGUUGGGCGUGGACAUUAUACAAAACGGCUCGCCAAUCCUAAUCACAUGGGAGAACUUCCUCGAUUGUGUUGUAAAGGACGCAACAGCAAGCAGCGUCGACGAAGAUGGAGACUUGCACAUGGCCAGUGGGCACACGACGCCCACGGCAACAAACAUGGCCAGCCAGGCCACCUCUCAACCAAAGCAGUCUCUGUUGCCUUUGAGCAGUACAAAUCUUGCGCGGACUACGGUACACGAUGUAUCAGUAGAUGUGGUUAUUGCACCGCUGGCCCUGGGCCCGCAUGGGACCCUGCAAAAGUGUGACAAGAAGUUAGCGUACAAAGACGCAAUUCAAGUUUCGUGCAUCAUCUCAAUAUGGAGCAUUGAAGAUACCCAAUACUACACGCUGACCUUCACAAGCGCAACACCUGUAGAGACCCCUCACACUGCACAGCCGUCUACUCGCAUGGUAAACCGAACAAACACAGGACCCCACUUCGACAAGUCGCGCAGCUCGGGCUCAAGUACCUCGUCAGGUCGCCGUUCUGGCAGCAGCUCAACCCACACCCCCAAGGCCGUCACCCCCACCCUACAGCAGCCCGAGUUCCCUCCCCGCGGUCCCCCCAACAAGAACAAGGGCGACAUUGCAGUCUCCGCCUCCGUCUUUCAAAAGGCCACGCAGCUGAAAGAUGCUAUUCUGAAUUCCAUCACCUUGCCCGCCUAUGCCAUGUGGAAAGACGAGAGCUUUGGCAUGCCCAACAAGGCUCUUCUACGCCUUCUCUCCAAAGACGCUUCUUAUGCUCCAGGCGACCAAAGAGAGUUUCUCGCCCAAUUCAAGUGCUGGACCGACGACUUUCAGCGUCUGCUUUCCGUGGACGAGUUUCCCAUCAUCGAAGUGUGCCGGUCCCAGAAAAGAUUCGAGAAGAGGCGCCUUGGCCUAAGACACCCUCAGACGGGCACUCGCAUCGUGUAUGAAAUCAACGGCGAACCAGUGUUUCAUGAAGAGACGGGCGAUUUCCUCGGCGGUAUCGUCGUGUUCAAGGACAUUACAGAAUACACCAACCAGAUUGCCGCACAAAUCCAGGCCAACGAGAAGCAGUUUGAAUACAUUGCAAACUUUAUGCCAGUCAUGGUAUGGACGACGACUCCAGACGGAAUGCACGACUGGUUCUCGCAGCGAUGGUACGACUAUACAGGCCUGACGGUCCAACGAUCCUUGGGCGAGGGCUGGCGACUUCCGUUCCACCCGGACGAUAUGCAAGCAACUGCCCAGCGCUGGCUUCAUUCACUGCGAACAGGAGACGAGUACAAUACCGAAUACAGGUGCCAACGCUACGACGGAGAGUGGCGCUGGAUGCUGGGCCGGGCCUUGCCAUUCUACGACGACAGAGGUCGCAUAGUCAAGUGGUUCGGCACAUGCACCGAUAUCCACGACCUCGUACUAGCGCGUCAGGAGGCGCGGCAAACAAGGGAACAGCUGCAACAGGUCAUUCAACACGCAAAGAUUGUUCUGUGGGUUAUUGAUCGCAACAACCACGUCAAGGUGCUCGAGGGUGAAAUUUCGCCCAGCCAGCGUUUGCAACAAGACCAACUGCUCGGAAGAAACAUAUACGACGUUUUUGACCUGGCUGGCAAUGAUCGGGAGCGCUGGCGUGGACCCAUUCAAGAGAUACUCGAGGGCAAACACUCCAACGAAAUCGUCAAUGGCAGCUACAUGUCCGAGGCUCGCUACUAUCGAACUCGUCUGGUGCCGUUGAUGAGCGCAUCCCGGACAGCAGGCGUCGAGGGCCACGCCUUUGUGAAUGGUGUAAUAGGUGUCUCGAUGGAUAUCACGGAGCUGCGCGAAAGAGAAGAGCAGCUCAAGGAGCAGGAAAAGGAAAACGCCCGGCUCCUGGCCAACGAGGCAGCUGCAAAAGAAGCAAGCCGUAUGAAAUCACAAUUCCUGGCCAACAUGUCGCAUGAGAUCCGCACACCGAUCGCUGGCGUCAUCGGUAUGAGUGAGCUCCUGUUCGACAUGGAUCUCAACGACGAACAGAAGGAAUGCGCUGAAAAUAUCCAUCGAUCAGCCAACAGCCUCUUGACCGUCAUCAACGACAUAUUGGACUUUUCCAAGGUCGAAUCGGGUCGACUGGACGUUGAAGAGGUGCAGUUCAGCCUUAGCGUAGUCCUCAGGGAUGUCAACAAGAUGAUGGCUUUUGCGGCUAACAGAAAGGGCUUGGACUAUCAAAGUUUGAUUCAAGACGAGGUACAGUCAGAUUUGCGAGUAAUGGGAGAUCCGGGCCGACUUCGCCAGAUCCUGACAAACGUGCUCACCAACAGUAUCAAGUUUACGUCCGUAGGUACCGUCAAGCUGUGCGUCUCCAUUAGCCAUGAAACAAAGGACGUGGUGACGGUCAACUUCAGCAUCGUCGACACGGGCAUUGGCAUUGAAGAAGAGGUUCGCAAGCGCUUGUUCCAGCCCUUCAGCCAGGCAGACUCGUCGACGGCUCGUAGAUUUGGCGGCACUGGCUUGGGCUUGACGAUUAGUAAGAACCUGGUUGAACUCAUGAAGGGCCAGAUAUGGCUAGACUCCAAGUUGGGGCAGGGUACCACUGCCACGUUUUGGAUCCCCUUUACGCGUGCACCAUCGCAAGAUGGCGAAUCACCGUUGGUGCAUCUCGAGUCAAUUCCCGAUCGGCUUCAAAGCGACAUGUCGGUCUCGUGUGGCAGUUCCGAGGGCCACACACCACCCUUGACGCCGCAAUUGCCGAAUGGAACAUCGGCCUAUUCGCUGCUGAAAUCGGCCAUCCCAGAUCAUCUCAUGAACCUGUCUGAGAGCGAAAGACAGCGCGUGCAUGUGUUGGUGGUCGAAGACAACCACAUCAAUCAGCAAAUCGCACUCAAGACGAUCAAGAAGUUGCACUUUUCCGUCAAUGCUGUGUGGAACGGCCAGGAGGCACUCGAGUACUUGGCCAAAGACUUCGGACCGUCACAUCCACGCCCGGACAUUAUCCUCAUGGACGUUCAGAUGCCAAUUCGAGACGGGUAUUCUGCGACCCAUGCCAUUCGGACGGAAGCCCCUUGGCGCAACAUGCCUGAAGUGCAAGGCGUUCCGAUUGUUGCCAUGACGGCCAGUGCGAUUCAAGGAGACAAGGAAAAGUGCGUGUCGUGCGGAAUGGAUGACUACCUGGCCAAGCCGGUAAAAGGAAAGCUGCUGGAGAGAAUGCUUGUCAAAUGGGCACUCGAAGGACGGCGAAAAGCGGCCAAGGAAACGCCCUCUGCAAUGGACCACGAUCCACGGAGCAGCGCAAAGCCGACUGCUCAAAACAGCUUUAGCGCUCCUGGUCACCCGCAAACGGUAGGCACGACGCUAGAGUCUGAAACAACGGCGCAGGCAUUGACCGCGGAGCUUGACCGCCUCCACUACCAGAGCGAUGCAGCGUUCGCCAGGUCGAGCGAAAACGAGGGUGAACGGGCGAUGCGACGCAUCCACGCGGAGGAGAGGGACAGGAAAUUGCGCGACGAGAAGCUCUUCUCGCUCGUGGGGCCGCAGCUUGUCCGGCACGACGCCACCGAGGGACCGCAGAACGAGCCAUGGAUGCCGCUGACCGAGGAAAACAUUGAGAAGCUGGCGCACGAACAGGACGCCGAUGUGUCGAUGAUGAUGAGAAAAAGUGCCUCACCGGACGAGACGGAGUGUGAGAUGAGGGGAGUGAGGCGGUUGGCGCCACUGCGACCGGGCAUGCCACCUGCGCGCCAUAGCGAGAGCGAACAGACCAUUGUUGAGCGUGUGGCUCGAUGAAAACGCAACGAUGAACGGACGACUGACUGACUGACUGACGACUGACGACUGACGACGACGACAAGAAGGAAGAUGCCGAGAUGGCACCGUGUGACCUUGCCAUGCAACAGAGCCUCAAAAAGUGCAAAGGAAGAGGAUAAUAUUACUCUUUCCUUUUUUGCGCAUGGCCCAAUAGCGUGCGCACCGGGCAGACGGGGCAACACAGGCAAAGAGCGGUGAUUUAACGUGCAUAACUCUGACCCUUUGGCUGGGCUGAUGGGGAGUGAUCAAACCAGCAGCACGACGAGUGUUUGCAGGGGGGGAAAUUACCACAGCAUUGGGAAAAGAGGUCGUGGACGUGUGUGGCA